AUGUCUGGAGCUCCACCGCCGUACACUUCUCAACCGCAACCUUAUGGCAAUGUAGGUGCUUUUCUCGUCAUUCAUUAUUAAUUCGAAUGUGUUCCCAGGCUGGAUUCGUCCCUCAGCACCAGAAUCCGUAUCCCCCUCAAGGACCCUAUCCGCAAGGCUACUAUAAUCCUAACCAACCGCAAGUAAUGUAAGUUCGCAUUCUCGCUCCCCGCCGGCCAACUAAUUCAUUUGCCUGUGUACAGGAACAGCGCCGCCGCUGUCAAAAUAUGUUGUUUUUCUUUCUUUUCGUAUCGCUUUCAGAAUUCCUCACCGAUUCGCAAUUGAAAGGAAAAAUAGAAGAGAGACAGAAAGGAAGAGGUUCCUUUAAAAACUACAGUGACCCUGUGCGUAUUCCAAUUGUUUGCAAGUAGCGCUUAUUAAAAGUCUCGCUGAACAAGACUCAAGAAAGAAUGACAAAACCGCCCGUGUGAACCCCCGACCCGAGCUACAAACCACAUUUACCUCUGUCUUGUUUGUACAGCGUUCAUUUUCCGCGGCUUCUAUUUGCGAGUUACUCGAUCGCCGCGCCAGCCCCCCCCCCCUUUCCUUGUUUGCUCCUGGAGCGAUCUUCCGAUUCGCAAUCAGAUCUGUGAUUUCAGAUAUGUGCAACAGCCGGCUCCGCAGCAACAACGGACCGACGACUCCUGCUGGCUCACUUCUCUCUUUGCUCUCUGCUGCGGAUGUCUUAUAGGAGAAGUAUCUCAUGCUUCUCUUUCAUUGUUCUUCAAAUCAUUGUCUUUUCAGGUGUGCUGUGAUAGUCCGCUGCUUUGCUGCGUCAUUCCGUGCCCAAUUCGUCUUCCCAGAUUCCGAUAA